GCGGUAUCACUUGCACCAGCUUAUCCAUCCUCAUCCUCACACAAGCGAAUCCGGUGAGCUCAUUAGCUUAGCUCUGUGAACUGUGAUUCUACUCCACUUCGAAGUCCAAAGCCUCUGAGGCAGAACGCCGCCAUGGCGGUGGUGAGGCAGCUGCUGGUCCACAGGCUCUCCUGCAGUGGCCUGCCUGCUUCCCGCUGCAAGACCAGUUGCUGGAGCAGCGGCGAGAGGCUCCCUGGCUUGAAGUCAAGGGUAAGGUUGUUGGCCGUGGCCAUCAAGCCACCGCGCGCCGCCGCGGGGAAGGACGAGAUUGUGCGGGCGGACGACGACGACGACGGCGUCAGCCUCGGCACGGUGAAGCUGCCCGCCAACAUCGACAUAGCUCGGUUCGAGACGCUGCUCUUCCAGUGGGGGAACAGCCUCUGCCAAGGCGCCACCCUGCCGCUCCCGGUGCCCCUGAGGGUGGACAAGGUGGAGGGCGGUGUCCGGCUAGGAUUCAUGGCGGUGGACGACGGCGUGACGCAGGUGCUGGUCUACAUCGACUGCCUGGUGUCGCCGGCGACGGCCGCCUCUGGGCCGGUAUUCCGAGCGAUCAGGAACGGUCCUAUGAAGGACCAGGAGCCACCUGGGGAGCCCAGGAUCAUGAGAAGCCUACUCGAGGCGCUCCAAAAAUGUAUCCAGUAUGCACAAGUUUGAGUGUCCAAGAGAGGCGAUGCAAGCCCAUUAUCUGAAGAAACUUGGAAUUCUAAAUUGGAGAUGUAAAUUCCCUGAGAGAAAUACAUGAUACAGUACCAAAUUAAAGUUUAUUUUCCCUUUACUGCAUCA